GCGCGCGGCGGAGUCGCGAGACUGGCGGCGGCGGCCACGUAGCGCUGCGGCGGCGGCGGCCGAGGGGAGCGCGAGCCGCGUCCGCCGGCGGCGGCGGCGGGGCCUGGGCCUGAGCCCCGAGCCCGAGGCAGCGGCUACUCGAGCGCCGCGGCGGCGGCUGAGGGGGCCGAGCGGAGGGAGAGAGGGAGGGCCCCGGCCGCCCUGCCCUCCGCCCUCCCGCCUCGCCUCCACCCGCCCUCCGCCGCCUCGCCUGGUGCCCCCCUCCCCUCGCCGCCCGGCAUGGAAGGCGGCGGGGGCGGCCCUGAGGGGAUCGGCCUGGAAGAGUCCCAGGAAUUGUGAAAGCCGUUUCUGAAUAUCCUCUGGCCGUGUUACACCGUAUUCCCAAAGUGCGUGUCCCGCUGGUGCAGGCGAUAGGAUUACCCUUCCCUCCUUGCCUUUGUAGCUCUGCUGAGCGUGGACCUAUUGCAGAUACCAUCUCUGAGAUAAAAUGUUCAACGGUUCGUUGGCAACUUUCUCCAGAAGAAUAAUUACUACUGCUCUGCUCUUGCCAUAAUACCAGAAUUCUGUGACCUACACGUCAGUGCUAAACACCAGCAGAGAAUCAUUUUGUUCACUCUGUGUAGAUGGAACAGGCGUCGGUCUUGAGAGUCCAUCCUGAUUUAAAGCUGCUUACUUGUUUUUCUGGGAUUAAAGGUGCUCAAUGAAUCAGGGCCCCCCAAAUGAGUCAAACAGCCAAUUCUUGCCAACAGUUGGUUGAAAACUGUGCCGCGCAUGUAGCAGGGAUGGCGCAAGAGGACAGUCGCCGUGGUCAAGUGCCACCUACGUUCUAUCAUGGUGCCAGCCAGGAACUUGAUCUGUCCACCAAAGUAUACAAGAGAGAGUCAGGAAGUCCUUACUCUGUGUUGGUGGACAGCAAAAUGAGUAAACCACAUCUCCAUGAAAGAGAGGAGCAGCCAUAUUUCAGGGAGAACAGAUCGGUAGGAGAGGUCCGGGCUGUGAAAGAAGAUAGAGAAAACUCUGACGACUCUGAGGAGGAAGAAGAGGAGGAAGAUGAAGUGACUUACAAAAGGGAGCAGAUUAUAGUAGAGGUAAACCUUAACAACCAAACAUUAAAUGUGUCAAAAGGGGAGAAGGGUGUCCCCUCCCAGUCCAAAGAGACUGCUGUUCUUAAGACCAGCAGUGAGGAAGAGGAGGGUGACAGUGGGGAAGAGGCCACUGAAGACAGUAAUGAUUAUGAGGAAAAUGAGAGGCAGAAGAAAAAAGAGAAAAGAGUGGAAAAAGUUAGUGUUGCACAAAGGAGAACAAGGAGAGCUGCAUCUGCUGCAGCAGCCACAACUUCCCCACCACCCAGAACUACAAGGGGUCGUAGAAAGAGUGUGGAGCCCCCCAAGCGUAAGAAGAAAGCUGCAAAGGAGCCCAAGGCACCUGUGCAGAAAUCAAAGUGUGAAGAGAAGGAGACUUUAACCUGUGAGAAGUGCCCCAGGGUGUUUAACACACGCUGGUACCUGGAGAAGCACAUGAACGUCACUCACAGGCGCAUGCAGAUCUGCGACAAAUGUGGGAAGAAAUUUGUUCUAGAAAGUGAGCUGUCCCUUCACCAGCAAACAGACUGUGAAAAAAAUAUCCAGUGCGUUUCCUGUAAUAAAUCAUUCAAGAAGCUCUGGUCCCUCCAUGAACAUAUCAAGAUUGUCCACGGAUAUGCAGAAAAGAAAUUCUCUUGUGAGAUUUGCGAAAAAAAGUUCUACACCAUGGCCCACGUGCGGAAACAUAUGGUUGCACACACGAAGGACAUGCCAUUUACAUGUGAAACCUGUGGAAAAUCAUUCAAACGCAGUAUGUCUCUCAAAGUACAUUCCCUACAGCAUUCUGGAGAGAAGCCUUUCAGAUGUGAGAACUGCGAUGAGAGGUUUCAGUACAAGUACCAGCUGCGUUCCCACAUGAGCAUCCACAUUGGGCACAAGCAGUUCAUGUGCCAGUGGUGUGGCAAAGACUUCAACAUGAAACAGUACUUUGAUGAGCACAUGAAAACACACACUGGAGAGAAGCCCUUUAUCUGUGAAAUCUGUGGGAAGAGCUUCACCAGCCGCCCAAACAUGAAGAGGCAUCGCAGAACUCACACAGGGGAGAAGCCCUACCCAUGUGAUGUGUGCGGCCAGCGAUUUCGCUUCUCCAACAUGCUCAAGGCACACAAGGAGAAGUGCUUCCGUGUUACCAGCCCCGCCAACGUGUCAACUGCUGUCCAGAUCCCACUGUCCACGACUUCUCCUGCCACCACAGUCCCUGCCGUAGUGAACACACCCACCACCCCAACUCCACCUAUCAACCUGAACCCCGUGAGCACGCUUCCUCCACGCCCCAUUCCCCACCCGUAUUCCCACCUUCACCUACACCCUCAUCCUCACCAUCCGCACCAUCUCCCCAUCCCCCCGGUUCCUCAUUUACCCCCUCCUCCGGCUCUUUUUAAGAGUGAGCCUUUAAAUCACAGAGGCCAGAGUGAGGACAACUUUCUGCGACACCUGGCAGAAAAAAACAGUUCAGCACAGCACCACUAACAUCUUUGCUUCCUGCCAGCUCUUUUCCCAUUUUAUGCACAUGGAAACGUGCCCUCGUGGAAGUACAGAGGGUUAGUUGGUGAGGAUCUUGGUCUUUCUCUUAGCCCCAGCAGACGGUCCUAAUUUUUCCCUUGAUGCAGUUAACAAACAAGGAAACCCUGUUUUGGAUCAGCAGCGCUCGUUUGAACCUGGGAACCAACAGGACUUGAACCCACUUUGCUUGCGUUUUACUGGUGACUUUUAUAAAUUUCAGAUACUGAGACUUGUGGAAUUUUAUAAUUUCAUAUCAGCUGAUGAGGUAUGCUUGCUUUUAUAUCCUGGACUUCUCCUCAAAGAGGAGAUAGGCCUGGUUUUCUUUGUACUAAUCGGAAAGGCUGUGAGAUUAAUACAGAGCAUUAAUUGUA